AUGCAUGGUAGGCCCAUUCUCUCACUAAAAGCUCCGGGAAACACACAGAACCAGAGAGGGAAGGAAGAAGAGGAAAUGGAUGGUCAGCGGCCGGGAAUUCUCUCGCCAUGCAGCAGUGGAAGAAGAAGCGGGGAUGCCACCUCGCCGGAAUUUGAGUUCUGGAUGCUCCGGAACCCGUCUUUCCCUCAGCCCAACCUUCUCUCCGCCGAUGAGCUUUUCUCCGAUGGAGUCCUGUUACCGCUUGAUCUCCUCCCGCAGGAAGGUAACGCUUGCUCCGAUGAGUCUCCGGGAGAAAUUUUUGGGUCAUGUGAUACUGACCCGCCGGAAACGUCCGGGUCGACCCGACCCGGGGUUUCUGCGGCGGCGGCGGUGGACGGGUCGUCUGGCGGCGGCGGCGCCAUGGUUGGCGGUUCGAAGCGGUGGAAGGAUAUUUUUAAAAAAGGGGAGAAGAAGGAGAAGAAGGGAGCGGUUGAGGAGAAUGUGAAGGAGAAAGAGAAGAAGGAGAAGAAGGGCGGCGUGAUUGGACAUAACGGGGCGAGCGCGGCGGAGCUGAACAUAAAUAUCUGGCCGUUUUCGCGGAGCAGAUCGGCGGGGAACAGCGGGUCGCGGCCGCGGUUGGGGGCCGCCGGAUCCGGGUUGACUCACCGGAAAGUGAGUAGCGCGCCGUGUUCGCGGAGUAACUCAGCGGGUGAAUCCAAGUCGAGAAAGUGGCCGACCAGUCCGACCCGAGCCGGUGUCCACUUGGGCCGGAGCAGCCCGGUUUGGCAGGUCCGCCGUAGCGGCGGAGCCACCACUCGAACCACCGAAAAUCUCUCAAAAGCCGCCGAAAAGGCUCUCAAAAAGGAACCAAAUGCCGAUAAACCCGUAAAAAAAGACAGCAACGUUUCUAAAUCCAUCAAAAAAGAAGGAAACGACUGCCGCCGGAAAAACCCAUCCGCCGUCCACGGCGGCGCACCCAAAGCUCGAGUCUUGAACUUGAACGUUCCGAUGUGUAUCGGAUACCGACACCAUCUAAGCUGCAGAAGCGACGAAAACAGUACCAUUGCAGUCGCCGCGGCUGCAGCCGCCGCCGCCGCAUCUGAAGGCGGUCAAAACGGCGGCGGAGUUCCCGGCGAAGCAGUACGCGGCAGUAAUUUAUUUAAUCUCCGAAAUCUCUUUACCAAGAAAGUAUAUUAA